CUGAAUUAUCACGUAAUCCAUCUUUCCUUCCCUCCAAUGGCUAAUGGAGUUGAGGCAAAGAACGCGCGCCCUCCGAGCACAAUCUAAGACUGGCUCAACGAGCUUUCUACCCUGCGCAUUGCCUCCUGGGAUAUGUAGUUUCCGAGCAGCCCGGAACCGUCGCAGUUUGGCUCCCUUUAUAACUAUCUAUCCCUUCUGCCUUUGCGAAAGGGGAGGCUCCGGGUCCGGGUGCAGACUUACAGUUUUGAAAUUCCAACUUGCCGCUGAGGCACGUGCGGCUGAGGUUUACAUUGCUGCACACAGUGAGCAGUCUUGGUCCACUUCAGCAAACCCUCGCAAACAUCUCCUGACUUGAGCAGGCGGUGGUGAGACUGGCCUGUGGCUCAAGUGAUCUGAGGUAGCGCGAGAGGGGCGCGCCAUGUUCGUGCUCCGCUCCGGCCGGGGGCUCCGCGGCGUCCUGCUCUGUGACCCCCGAGUGCGGGCCGGCGAGGCCGCGGGGCGCUGGGCGUGCGGGGCUUGCCAAAUCCGGCUGAACGGCUCAGGUGCGGGCCAGCGCCGGCCCGGGUCCGAGCCCGAGGCCUCCCUGCCUGGCCCUGCGCGCGGGACUCUGAAGGAGUGGGCGCUGCCGGUGAGCCCGUUCGGUCGGCUGCGGGCGCGGCUUCCGUGCCACCUGGCCGUGAGGCCCCUGGACCCGCACACCUACCCGGACGCCGACCGCGUGCUGGUCGCCGCGAGCGGAGCGGGGGGCGGGGCGCAGGACCUGGCCGGCCUGCAGGUGACGUACGACGAGGCGCUGAAGGAGGUGGCCAUUGUGUCUGACAACAUUGACCCCCAGGCGUCCGUGGAGGUGAACGCGCCCCUGAAGUUUGAUUUGAAUAUUAAGUCAUCAGGGUCUGGCUGUAUAAAAGUCCAAAAUAUUGAAUGUGAUAAUUGCAAAAUUGAAACUGAGCAGGGGACUAGUAUCUUACAGUCUGUUAAGAGUCAAAAACUACGUGUUCAAACAAAAGGAGGCAACGUGAUCUGUCUGGGAACAGUUUAUGGAAACAUAGAUAUUCAUGCAUCAGAUAAAAGUACUGUGACCGUAGAUAAACUGCAGGGAAGUUCUGUUACUAUAGCUACUGAAGAUGGUUUGCUGAAAGCCAAGUAUCUUUACACAGAAUCUUCAUUUCUAUCUUCUGCUGCUGGGGAUAUUACACUAGGAAGUGUUCAUGGUAAUAUAACAUUACAAAGCAAGAUGGGUAAUAUCACAGUAGAUUCGUUGUCUGGAUGUCUAAAAGCCUCAACUCAUCAGGGUGCCUUAGAUGUUUAUGUCAGCCAACUGGGGAAGGUGGAAUUGGAAUCCCAUAAAGGUUCUAUUCUUGUCAAGGUUCCACCUUCUCUUCAGGCUCAUUUGCAGUUAUCAGGAAAAGAAGUCGAUGUGAACUCAGAAGUCCAUGUUCAAGAGAUGGCGGAAGCUCAUAAAGAUGAUGGUGUAAUAAUUACUGGGCUCAUGAAUCAAGGAAGCCAACAUGAAAAAUGGAUUAAGGCUGAUGCCCCAAAAGGCACUAUAAUAUCCUACUGUUGUACUAAGAAAGCUUAAGAAUAUUUCUGAAUGGACAUGACCAAAGUACCUGAACUCUGUGGCAGCCACAGGCCCCACAUAUAGAAGCAUAACCAGCCCAGCAGGCUGCAUACUGCAGAGAGUUCAAAGAGCGGAAGCUCGUGACAGCCAAGGUGCAGUGCCCACCAACACUGGCAGCCUACCUGCCCAGCCCUCCGCUCUUGGCUCCUGAGCCCUCUAGUUCCUGGCUUCAUUCCUGGUCUCUCAACAUCUGAUUCAGAGCCUACUCUACAUUUGUCAUCCCUUUUGGAUACUAUUGAUUCAGCCAGAAUCCAUGGGUCCAAAAGUACUGUUCUAGACUUCCAGUUUCAAGUCUGUUAUGAGAGUGUGGGACUUACCACUUCCAUCCUCAAAAUAAGGAAAAAGCUGAGAAAACUGAAAAUCAACAACUUUUACUUGAUUCAUCAGAUAAUUGAGGUCACAAAGCAAACUGCCACCAUGAGAACUGGAGAAACAGGCAAAUACAGAGAAUCAGGGCUUACUAGGAGCAGUAGCCUGAGGCUGGAGCCAGUGUUAGAAAGAACAUUUAAAGGGUAAUUGACUAGCUGCUAGAGACUGAGUGAACUAGCUUGAGAGAAAAAUUCCUGGGAGCCCGCCUUAGAUUGGGUCCCUAUACUUUUGUGAGUUUUACUUCCUGGUGGCCUGUUAAGUUCUCAGGGUGAAUAUCAGAGAAAAAUCCCCUCCUGCUUCCUGCAAAGGGAGGGGGAAAGUACUAUUUUGAAAUACCCCCAAAGUAUCUGUUCUUAUUAACAAAGUUCUGCUAUCUAGGAAAACUAUUUACCAGAGCCUAAUCAACAUGGGUUUUAUGAGAGCCAGUCUAAAAGAGGUAAGGGAAAUACCCAACUCCAGCCCCCUCUGACAUUCCUCUCUUACCUAAGUAUAGCAGAAGGUGGGGAGAAGAGUGAAGGAGCACUUGUAAAGAUCACUGUCCUGGGGCACAGGCCCAUUAAAAGACUGAAACCUAAUCACAUGA